AUGGUUGGAAGACAGACGCUCCGAAUGGACAGCGGUAAUUGCUCCGGGGCGGUGGUGGAUGACAGCCCUGCAUCCAGUCCGAGCUCGAGUCCCAGUCCGGACGGUCGUCGUCGGGAGCUCCAGCGGGCCAGGGUGCUCCAGACCGGCGGGCUCGGCGGCAGAGGACGCCCGGCAGCAGCUAACGCAGCGCGGGAGAGGAGCCGAGUGCAAACCCUGAGAACCGCGUUCCUGGAGCUACAAAGGACUUUGCCGUCCGUUCCGCCGGACACCAAGCUGUCCAAACUCGACGUGUUGAUACUGGCCACCACCUAUAUUGCCCAUUUGACUCGAACACUACAAGAAGAAGGUGCGGAGGAUGGAGAGAGCACAAAACAAACAGAGGCGUUACACUCGUUGAAAGGGGACGGCUACCUGCACCCAGUGAAGAAAUGGCCUAUGCGAUCCAGACUGUACGUCGGAGCAACCGGACAGUUCCUCAACACCACAAACACUUCAGAGUCAGAGAAUCAAGGCCCUUCAUCGUCCACCUCCCAGAAAUAGGCUUAAAUCAUUUGUAUGAAGCGGUUUCAUAUUUUGCAUGAGUCCAUGCAGUUUACUGUGGCAUAUGCCUUAUGAUUGUAGAUCAAUUAGCCUAUCUGAUUUUACUCCCACUAAAGCAAUAGGAAGACAUUGUAAAUUAAUAUAUUACGUGAAUUUUAUUGUAUAGAUUUUGAGAAAGCAUACGUUAUGUUUCUCUGUUGUUAUUAAUCCUGUUUGCCCUGCAUUGUGCAGUUCCAUACAUGUCCCAGGUAUGAUAUUUGUAGAAAUUCCAUGGGGCAAUGAGCCCGUCAUGCUUGAGGUGUGCACUUUGAGUUGAAACAUUUGCACUAAAUGCAUGUGUGAAUAACUUAACAUCUGUCAUGUGAAGUGGUCUGUCAGAGUCAACAAUGGAGGCUCUUCAUCUCAUGUUCCUUCUUAUUUUUUUACAUGCAUGGUUGUAAAUGUGUUUGUGAAUAAAUGACUUCAGAAAGAAGACGAGUCUCCUGAGCUUUUGCCGAUAAUAGAAAUGCAAUUUUUAUGAGACACAUUUAAGAAAAUACAAAACCUAUAAUAACUGAACGUCCUUAAUCAAAGCGUAAUUAUUAUUAACAUAAGUAUUAUUAAUAUUGUGCUGUAUUAUUAAACAUUGACAUUUAAGAUUGUGCUUAUGAUCAUCGGACAGUCGUUUUUCUUCUGUGACAAUUAACAUUGAAUCAAAUAAACCAAAUACAGCUGUGGUCUCCGCUUGUAGGAUAAAUAUAGAAUUUAAGUUUAAUAUGUAACAACAGAGAAUUCAAUUGCAGCAAAAUGUCUGCACCUGACUGGAGAAUAUGGGCUGACUUUAGAGAUCCUGCACGAUAAUAAAUAUAUUCAGCUUAUGGUGUUUCAGCUGUGUUUAUAGUGUAAACAUGUUUAAGAACGCAAACAACAAUUACCUAGGCUAUAUUUGUACAGAUUUAAGGUGUAAAUAUUAGGCAAAUUACUCUCUUCACAUUUAAUAUUUUAGUAAUUUGUCAUUUGAGUGAAAGCAAAAGUUCCCUAUUUCUUAUUGACGCUCAAUAAAUGUCUAUAUCUGCUUAACUUUGUUAGACUAAUUGAUCUGGUAAUUUGAUAUAACUUCUUAAAAUACUGAUAAAUACAUGGGCAAAUCCCGACAUUUUUUAGAUGAAUCGAAGGACAGUAGGCUAUAAGUUUAUUCUAGCACGUUAAGAGUUAUUUGGUAGGCUAUAAUAACUAGGCUAUAUACCCGUACCAGUUUUAUCCGCAGUCAAUUAAAGAAAAUAAAGAUAAUCUGAAUUUCCACAUUAGAAUAAUAAUUUGGCAGCAGCUUGGUGCUUUAGAGGAUUAAAAUGCAGAGAAUGUAAUCACGGGCAGUUUCUCUAUCUUAAAUAUCAACCAUACAGAUGAAGCUGGUGCUGAUAACAUAAUCUUGCUCAGCUGUGCGCUUCGGGAGCUGCAGUGCGCAGCUUUGUGGCGCAUUGAAAAGAGGUCGGAUCCGGAAAUCCCUCCUCUUGUCUCGGAGACUCAACCGCGAGCAGCCACUGCUCCUCCUCAUCAUCAUCGGCUCGGAAAAACUAAGAAGACUGCUUCAUGGCAAAUCUUCACUACGAAGAUAUGCAGAUGAAGAUGGAAAAUUUGACCUAUGAUUGGUUCACCUGACAAGAUGUCAGGUCACCUCUGCAUACUACAGAUUGCCAAAUAUUGGUUUUCACCAUGUGAUCCUUAAGUUGCAUCAGAUGUUGUGCUGUGGUCAGACGUACCAGAUGUAAUCGUCUCCUGUGCUGAUCAGGAGAAGAGCAGUUGGAGCAGCAGUGGAACGAAAAUGCAUUUCUUUGCUUCAUCUGGUCUGUGGGUUACAGAGCCAGUUGACUGAUCAAUCUAUGGGGAGCCUUCUAUGAAAGUGUUGCUGGAGCUGAUCACCUUUUGGGAGGAAGUCCGAAGUUAUUUGCCAAAUUUCUUUUUUGAAAUUUGCCUUUCUAUUAAUAAAACCUGUUCAAGAAAAA